AGGAUUACCCGAAGCGUGCUCGCUUCAGAAAUGUACGGUAUGGCCAAUGGAUUCGAUGCGGCCGCAGCAAUCAAAUCAACCCUCACCCAGCUGCUGCAUCUUUUGGAGCCGCUCCCGCUAGUCCUUUGCACCGACUCGAAGAGCCUUUACGAAUGCCUCGUCAAGUUGGGUACGACCCGCGAAAAACGCCUUAUGAUCGAUCUCAUGUGCCUCCGUCAAUCGUACGAACGACAAGAGAUCACGGAGGUGAGAUGGAUCAACGGCAACAGCAACCCUGCCAACGCGAUGACUAAGAGUAAGCCCUGUCGCGCUUUACAAGAGCUUAUCGAUAUGAACAAGCUACGCAUUGACGUUGACGGUUGGGUUGAAAGGCCGUCAACAAAGCGCACCUCUGAGUCAAAGAAUGUAUGAUUUGCGACACCUGUCGCUACACUGGCUUCAUAGACUGUCAUUCCUUACCCCGGUUUGCACCUGUUACUCUUGCUUCAUUCUUCUGAUAUUUCCUUUGCUACAUCAACUAUUGUCAUUCCUUACUGUAUUUCCGCUCCUUAGAAGACUGCCAGUGUUUGAAUAGCGAUCUUACAAAUCACUAUACGGCGCUGUAGCACGCCGU